AUGUGCUGUACAGACAUCAGUAUGUUCAUAGAGCCAGCUAUGAUAAACAUGUGCUGUACAAACAUCAGUAUAUUCAUAAAGCCAGCUAUGAUAAACAUGUGCUGUACAGACAUCAGUAUGUACAGAGCCAGCUAUGAUAAACAUGUGCUGUACAGACAUCAGUAUGUACAUAGAGCCAGCUAUGAUAAACAUGUGCUGUACAAACAUCAAUAUGUUCAUACAGCCAGCUAUGAUAAACAUGUGCUGUACAAACAUCAGUAUGUUCCUAGAGCCAGCUAUGAUAAACAUGUGCUGUACAAACAUCAGUAUGUUCAUAGAGCCAGCUAUGAUAAACAUGUGCUGUACAGACAUCAGUAUGUUCAUAGAGCCAGCUAUGAUAAACAUGUGCUGUACAAACAUCAGUAUGUACAUAGAGCCAGCUAUGAUAAACAUGUGCUGUACAGACAUCAGUAUGUUCAUAGAGCCAGCUAUGAUAAACAUGUGCUGCACAUACAUCAGUAUGUACAUAGAGCCAGCUAUGAUAAACAUGUGCUGUACAGACAUCAGUAUGUUCAUAGAGCCAGCUAUGAUAAACAUGUGCUGUACAAACAUCAGUAUGUUCAUAGAGCCAGCUAUGAUAAACAUGUGCUGUACAAACAUCAGUAUGUACAUAGAGCCAGCUAUGAUAAACAUGUGCUGUACAGACAUCAGUAUGUACAUAGAGCCAGCUAUGAUAAACAUGUGCUGUACAGACAUCAGUAUGUACAUAGAGCCAGCUAUGAUAAACAUGUGCUGUACAAACAUCAGUAUGUUCAAAGAGCCAGCUAUGAUAAACAUGUGCUGUACAAACAUCAGUAUGUACAUAGAGCCAGCUAUAAUAAACAUGUGCUGUACAGACAUCAGUAUGUUCAUAGAGCCAGCUAUGAUAAACAUGUGCUGUACAAACAUCAGUAUGUACAUAGAGCCAGCUAUGAUAAACAUGUGCUGUACAAACAUCAGUAUGUACAUAGAGCCAGCUAUAAUAAACAUGUGCUGUACAGACAUCAGUAUGUACAUAGAGCCAGCUAUGAUAAACAUGUGCUGUACAAACAUCAAUAUGUUCAUACAGCCAGCUAUGAUAAACAUGUGCUGUACAAACAUCAGUAUGUUCAUAGAGCCAGCUAUGAUAAACAUAUGCUGUACAGACAUCAGUAUGUACAUAGAGCCAGCUAUGAUAAACAUGUGCUGUACAAACAUCAGUAUGUUCAUAGAGCCAGCUAUGAUAAACAUGUGCUGUACAAACAUCAGUAUGUACAUAGAGCCAGCUAUGAUAAACCUGUGCUGUACAAACAUCAGUAUGUACAUAGAGCCAGCUAUGAUAAACCUGUGCUGUACAAACAUCAGUAUGUUCAUAGAUCCAGCUAUGAUAAACUUGUGCUGUACAAACAUCAGUAUGUUCAUAGAGCCAGCUAUGAUAAACAUGUGCUGUACAAACAUCAGUAUGUUCAUAGAGCCAGCUAUGAUAAACAUGUGCUGUACAGACAUCAAGCCAGCUAUGAUAAACAUGUGCUGUACAAACAUCAGUAUGUACAUAGAGCCAGCUAUGAUAAACAUGUGCUGUACAAACAUCAGUAUGUACAUAGAGCCAGCUAUAAUAAACAUGUGCUGUACAAACAUCAGUAUGUACAUAGAGCCAGCUAUGAUAAACAUGUGCUGUACAAACAUCAGUAUGUUCAUAGAGCCAGCUAUGAUAAACAUGUGCUGUACAAACAUCAGUAUGUACAUAGAGCCAGCUAUAAUAAACAUGUGCUGUACAAACAUCGGUAUGUACAUAGAGCCAGCUAUGAUAAACAUGUGCUGUACAAACAUCAGUAUGUUCAUAGAGUCAGCUAUGAUAAACAUGUGCUGUACAAACAUCAGUAUGUUCAUAGAGCCAGCUAUGAUAAACAUGUGCUGUACAAACAUCAGUAUGUACAUAGAGCAAGCUAUGAUAAAUGUGUGCUGUACAAACAUCAGUAUGUUCAUAGAGCCAGCUAUGAUAAACAUGUGCUGUAUAAACAUCAGUAUGUUCAUAGAGCCAGCUAUGAUAAACGUGUGCUGUACAAACAUCAGUAUGUUCAUACAGCCAGCUAUGAUAAACGUGUGCUGUACAAACAUCAGUAUGUUCAUAGAGCCAGCUAUGAUAAACAUGUGCUGUACAAGCAUCAGUAUGUUCAUAGAGCCAGCUAUGAUAAACAUGUGCUGUACAAACAUCAGUAUGUUCAUAGAGCCAGCUAUGAUAAACACGUGCUGUACAAACAUCAGUAUGUUCAUAGAGCCAGCUAUGAUAUUCAUGUGCUGUACAAACAUCAGUAUGUUCAUAGAGCCAGCUAUGAUAAACCUGUGCUGUACAAACAUCAGUAUGUUCAUAGAUCCAGCUAUGAUAAACAUGUGCUGUACAAACAUCAGUAUGUUCAUAGAGCCAGCUAUGAUAAACAUGUGCUGUACAAACAUCAGUAUGUACAUAGAGCCAUCUAUGAUAAACAUGUGCUGUACAAACAUCAGUAUGUUCACAGAGCCAGCUAUGAUAAACAUGUGCUGUACAAACAUCAGUAUGUUCAUAGAGCCAGCUAUGAUAAACAUGUGCUGUACAGACAUCAGUAUGUUCAUAGAGCCAGCUAUGAUAAACAUGUGCUGUACAAACAUCAGUGUGUUCAUAGAGCCAGCUAUGAUAAACAUGUGCUUUACAAACAUCAGUAUGUACAUAGAGCCAGCUAUGAUAAACAUGUGCUGUACAGACAUCAGUAUGUUCAUAGAGCCAGCUAUGAUAAACAUGUGCUGCACAGACAUCAGUAUGUACAUAGAGCCAGCUAUGAUAAACAUGUGCUUUACAGACAUCAGUAUGUUCAUAGAGCCAGCUAUGAUAAACAUGUGCUGUACAAACAUCAGUAUGUUCAUAAAGCCAGCUAUGAUAAACUUGUGCUGUACAAACAUCAGUAUGUACAUAGAGCCAGCUAUGAUAAACAUGUGCUGUACAGACAUCAGUAUGUACAUAGAGCCAGCUAUGAUAAACAUGUGCUGUACAGACAUCAGUAUGUACAUAGAGCCAGCUAUGAUAAAUAUGUGCUGUACAAACAUCAGUAUGUUCAUAGAGCCAUCUAUGAUAAACAUGUGCUGCACAGACAUCAGUAUGUACAUAGAGCCAGCUAUGAUAAACAUGUGCUGUACAAACAUCAGUAUGUUCAUAGAGCCAGCUAUGAUAAACAUGUGCUGUACAAACAUCAGUAUGUACAUAGAGCCAGCUAUGAUAAACCUGUGCUGUACAAACAUCAGUAUGUACAUAGAGCCAGCUAUGAUAAACCUGUGCUGUACAAACAUUAG